UGCUACUGCUGGCGGCCCCACCGCCCGCCGGCUCCGACAGCCCCAAGGGGAAGCAGAAGGCGCUUCGCCAGCGGGAGGUGGUGGACGUGUAUAACGGCAUGUGCUUGCAAGGCCCCAGUGGUGUUCCUGGACGGGAUGGAAACCCAGGAGCCAAUGGGAUCCCUGGGACACCUGGAAUCCCAGGACGGGAUGGGCUGAAAGGGGAGAAGGGCGAGUGCAUGCGUGAGAGCAUCGAGGAGUCCUGGACACCCAACUUCAAACAGUGUUCGUGGAGUGCACUUAACUACGGCAUCGACCUUGGGAAGAUCGCGGAAUGUACAUUUACCAAGAUGCGCUCAAACAGCGCUCUCCGUGUGCUCUUCAGUGGGUCACUCCGGCUAAAGUGCAAAAACGCCUGUUGUCAGCGCUGGUACUUUACUUUUAAUGGUGCAGAGUGUGCUGGGCCACUUCCUAUUGAAGCCAUAAUAUACUUAGAUCAAGGAAGCCCAGAGCUGAAUUCUACUAUUAAUAUACACCGAACUUCUUCAGUGGAAGGUCUGUGCGAAGGGAUCAAUGCCGGCUUGGUGGACAUUGCCAUCUGGGUUGGGACUUGCUCUGAUUAUCCACGGGGAGAUGCUUCUACUGGAUGGAAUUCAGUCUCCCGAAUCAUCAUUGAAGAACUGCCAAAAUAACUUCCCCUCCCUUUUUAUAAUAUCUCUUUCCAGUUUUUUACUUUGUACUAUUUUCUUCAGAAUUUACUUCAAUAGACUUGGAUGCAAGUACUGGACUGAAAGGCACCCAAGCUUUGCAUCUGUAGCCUUUGUCUAGCCUUGUUUUGUCCAUUGCAGAGGUUUUUUAUAAUAAU